GGUGAAAAAUGUAGAAAAGAUGAAGAAAACAAAAGAGAUACUUUGCCUAUGUUAGAACAGUACUUAAGAAAACUUCCUUUCUAUGAGAAAACUUGGUUUCAGUUCGUUUUAUUUGUACUGCGCCGCUUUGAGGCCGAUCGAUGUCGUGAACAAGCGGGUUCACUGACCUAUACCACCUUGUUUGCCGUCGUUCCGAUGCUGACGACUCGCGGCGGCAUUAUUGGCUUUAUGCGCUAUUGGACCAUUAUUUCUUUGGGCCCCAUUCUACUCGGUAGUGCCUUUGUUAUUUCAUCGACAAUGGCUUCCCUCAAUGUUCUGAGCAAUAAUUUUGCAGGCUAUGAGCUUGAUGGCGCAUUUGUCCUGUGGUUGAUUUCAUUUUGCUUAACCGUCGUUGGCUUUUUUAUCCUGAAUUGGACCAUUCCAAACCGCAGUGUCCCGAUUAAAUCGGCUUUGAUUGCAGGUUUAUUUAGUGCCGUCGUGUUUGAACUCCUAAAAAACUUAUUCGGCUUCGUUAUGUCGAACUUCACCAGUUAUGAAAUUAUCUAUGGUGCAUUUGCCGCGAUUCCCAUUUUCCUAUUAUGGAUUUUUCUGUCAUGGAAUAUCGUCCUGAUUGGGGUCGAAAUUAGUUAUGCACUGACCGCAUUUACCUCCCAUAAAGAGCAAAAACGGCAUCCUGUGAUUAUGCUGCUGGAUUUGCUGGAACUGUUUUAUAAAAAGCAACAGCAAGGACUCAGUGUUUCUGAUGAUGAAGCUUUAGAUGUAUUAGGGCGGGAUGAAUUGGGGCGUUGGCCGAGUUACGUGUUUAUGCUUGAACAGCAAAACUUAGUCAAACGUACCGAUGAUAACCAAUAUGUGCUGGUACGUAAUUUAUCUCAAGUCGAUUUUUGGAGUUUUUACAGCAAACUUCCUUACCCUUUACCAAAGCGUAAAGAUUUGGGUAAUGUCCAUCCUGAUGAUGUCUGGAUGCAAAAAAUUGGCCCA